AUGGAGCAUUGGUCUGCCUUGAUACGACUCGGGCCCAGUUCUAAAAAGGACUUACGGGUCACUAUCCGCCUGCAGGUUUGGCACUACAGCGAGCGGGGACGAUGCCCCGAGUUCAACAAGGGGCUUGCCCGUCUGUUCUCCCCCAAGGCUCUCGGGAACCUGAAACACUGGAUUCCUCACCCGGCUGAAGUGGUCGAACCCGAUGAUAUCUCGAUUCGAGAUGACUACGUCCCAGUGGAGAAGGUCGACUUUGUACACCGCGUCGCCACGUACAACAACCCUCAGGGGAAUCCCGAGUCUGGGGCUCGUGAUGUCUUCAAGAAGUUCGCUCCACCGAUCGUAUACGAUUACUUCGUCUCCAAAAUACAAAGCCCACCUCACGCGAUGAAUAUCUACGCAGUUGCCAACGGUGACGAGGUGACAGAGGAGCAUAUCAAGAUGAAGUAUGCGCAUAGCUUCUUCUUCAUUCCGCUGGAGCUUCGGCUCGAGCGGUUUAUCAAACCCGCUAUGGUCUGCCAGGAGGACACCAUAAUGAACAUGAACAGAUUUUCACGCUAUUUCCGAGACGGCUUUGAGACAGCUUUCGUCCGAACUGCCCUGGUUGAACGAUAUGCUCGACAAUGUGAGUGGCUCGUUUUCAUGCCUGGCCACGAUACUAAUAUUCGAGCCAAGUUGAAGAACAGGGAUGAGGAUGGCACAUCUGAGAACACACCCACUAGUAGCGGGCCCCUCGUUCUCUUGGGUAAUGCAUCAACCUCAUUUGAAAAGCUCCGUGAACUCGCCGGUGGGCUGAAACCCAGACUCGAAAAAUUAUCAAGUGGAGAGGGUCUCACUAAUCAAGGGAUCGUCAGAACGAUACUUGACCUGCGCCAGGCUACAAUUCAUCUCUCCGAGUACAACCAGGCCAUGGUGAGCUUCAACUGCGAAGAAAUCAGCAAGUGGAAUGCAAAAGCCAGCCGUCAUGAAAAGUUCUUUUACAGCGCAGGGUUCGCUACGCUCGGGUGCACAGUACUUGCCGCCCUAGCCUUUUGGAAACCAGAGCUCGCCAACCUUCUCGCCACUACACUAACCAAAGGCCUUGAGCUGAAUGAUGUUGUUGGCUCAGCCGGAGGCCAGAUUGUCGGGGUGGGAGGUGCUGCUAUGUCAGGCCUUAGCACAAUCUAUCAGUACCAGGAGAAGAGCAAAGCGCUUGCCGCGCUUGGUGAUGCUAAGAAUAGGGAUAGUGCCGGCCGGGUCGCCCUGGAAGGAGUCCUCGUGGCUCUCCGUCAGACCCAGGCCACACUGGCAUUGGUUUACAUUGUGCAGGUGAUGCGACAGCCCAUCACAUGUAUGGGAGAUGAAGAGCUAGAGAGGGCGGUUAAGAUGCUAGGGGGCGACUUGCAGUAUCUGCAGGACGCAACCUAUAGCCAGACCCUUGUACAGGACAGAUUGGACAAUCUAGUGCAAGCAAGUAUCGACCUGGAUAAUGAGUACCAGAGAACCAUGGUUGCCAUGAAUGUUGUGAUGGACACAGUGGGAAGGGUGGUUGACUAA